UGGUCGGACGUUCAGGUGUUGCACUGACGUAAGCUAUUUCCUGAACAGAAGGGUCAUGUCCACAAGCGAGUAGCCGGUGAUUAUAGAUAAAUAUUACUGAAUUUCUGAGUUACAUAGAUUAGAAAACAAAAGUACUAGGCCCCGGUGUUUGGAGAAUGUUGCGGACGCUUUGUCGGAGCGGUGGAUUGCUGUUAAAGCAAAGCCAGCGGACGGUACCCAAGCUAUGGGUUACUCCAGCUCAGCAAAGAUGGGCAUCCAGUUUACCCAUGAACACUGUGGUCCUGUUUGUACCCCAACAAGAGGCCUGGGUUGUGGAGAGGAUGGGUCGCUUUCACCGCAUCCUAGAGCCGGGUUUGAACUUUCUUAUACCUGUUCUUGACCGGAUUCGCUAUGUGCAAAGUCUCAAAGAAAUUGUAAUUGAUGUCCCAGAGCAAUCAGCAGUAUCUCUAGAUAAUGUAACACUUCAAAUUGAUGGAGUGCUUUAUUUAAGGAUUCUAGAUCCAUUUAAGGCAAGUUAUGGAGUUGAAGAUCCAGAGUAUGCCGUCACGCAGCUGGCACAAACCACCAUGCGUUCAGAGCUGGGGAAACUGACGUUGGAUAAAGUUUUCAGGGAAAGAGAGUCACUAAAUUCAAACAUUGUCCACUCAAUCAACCAAGCAUCAGAUGAGUGGGGAAUCCGCUGCCUUCGAUAUGAAAUUAAAGACAUCCAUGUUCCUCCUCGCGUCAAAGAGUCUAUGCAAAUGCAGGUAGAAGCAGAGCGUAAGAAAAGGGCCACAGUGCUGGAGUCUGAAGGAACAAGGGAAGCGGCCAUUAAUGUGGCUGAGGGCCGUAAACAAGCCCAGAUUCUGGCUUCAGAGGGUGAAAAGGCCGAGCAGAUUAAUAAAGCUGCUGGUGAGGCUCAGGCAGUGCUGGCCAAAGCUGAGGCAAAAGCGAAGGCUAUUCGUCUGCUUUCAGAUGCUCUGACAGAACAGAAUGGAAACGCUGCUGCAUCUCUCAGUGUGGCUGAGCAGUACGUGUUGGCCUUUUCAAAUCUGGCCAAAGAGAGCAACACCAUCCUUCUACCCUCAAACACUGGGGAUAUUAGCGGAAUGGUCACACAGGCAAUGAGCAUUUAUAGUACAUUGGCAAAGACAAAAACAGCAAUACCAAGUUUGGCACCAAAGUCAGAAGAUGAGAAGAACGCCGAUGAGGAAUCUGGGAGCCUGUCAGCAUGAUUUUUACAUUAACUGACUGUUUGAAGUAACUUUUUUGAACACCUUACACGUCUGGGUUCUGAGACAUGGAGAGAAAACUAAAGAGACCAGUAGAAAAACUAGACAAAAACAAUAAUGCGGGAUUCUGUAUAGCUGGCUAUGUCAACCGUAAUAUUUCCACCAAAUCACCGAAUUGAUUAAUUAAAUGAUGUUGUGUUGAGUCCUUGUAUUAAAAGGAACCUUUAUUUCCUUUACCAAUUAGCAGAAAAAAGUUUGCCACAGAACUUAUUACUCAUGAAAAUGUUCCUAUCCUUGACUAAGGUCUUAAAGUGACUGUGUUUACAAAAGGUGUAAAAACAAGUGUAAUUCUCAUACACUGGAUUAGACAGUUUAAGUUAUCAGAUAUGUGGGAUAUUCAGGAAAUGAGUAGACAAUGAGAUUUAUAAACUUCCCCCAACAUAAUCUAUUGUUGUUGUUUUUUUCCUGUUUGGAUUUAAAUAAAACUAUUGUUUGUA